UCGCCUCGGUGGCUGGCGCUACUUCUAAGGAGCCAGACGCGGCGCGGUCGUUUUUAUACCUUCCCGCGCGGAGGCAACGGAAGGGCGGGGCGCCUCGUGAUUAGGCGGCCGAGGUGCGAGGGCGAGCAGGGGGCGGGGCCUGCGGGCGCCUCCCUGGGAGGCCGGAAGAUCCUCGGGCGUCGCCUGGGUGCCGCGCAGUGUGCGCGUCCCGGGUCCCUCCGCACCGUGCGAUCGUGGGGGUCCCGACCGGUCCGUGGUUCCGACUUGGUUGUGCUUGCUCGAAGGCUCGGUCUCCUGACGAGCUGGCGUUCUCACCCCUGCUGUAACUUCGCGGAUUAGUGACAGUCACUCUUCCUAUCUUUAAAAGCAGGCCUUGGUCACAGGUUCUGCUGUCAUGAAGGUGAAAAUUAAAUGUUGGAAUGGUGUGGCCACUUGGCUCUGGGUAGCCAAUGAUGAGAACUGCGGCAUCUGCAGGAUGGCAUUUAAUGGCUGCUGUCCAGACUGUAAGGUGCCUGGUGACGACUGCCCCCUCGUGUGGGGACAGUGCUCCCACUGCUUCCACAUGCACUGCAUCCUCAAGUGGCUGAACGCGCAGCAGGUGCAGCAGCACUGCCCCAUGUGUCGCCAGGAGUGGAAGUUCAAAGAGUGAAGCCACUUCCCUCUCCUGUGCUGUGCCAGGCUCACCCCCUUCCCUCCCUCCCCUCCCCUCCCCCAGAUACAGCACCCAAGUCCCCUCCACACAGCACAGUGGUGCCCAGAGAUCUCGGUCUGUUCUGGGGACAAGAAUGCUUUCUAUUUGGCUGAGACAAGGUUGAAAGGAGCUUUGCUGACUGUUUUGUUUUGUUUUCCCAUCACAUUGACACUUUAUUCAAUAAGUAAAACUCAUUACAGUUCAGAGCCGUGCUGGAGGCCUCUGCUUGCCUGGUUUCUUGACAUACUGAUGCAGCUAGCAGCAUGUUUUGCUAUGAAAACUCAAAUAAACAGCUUGAUGAUAUAA